AGCCCCUCUAUCACUCCUUUGAAUGCCGGCUCUUGAUCGACACAAACAAGAUGGACGAUAAAUUACCACAUUCUCGAGUUACUACAGGCUCGGAUCUCGAAUCCAACCUGGCUAGGCAAGUGGUCACACACCUCAAAGACGACUGCCGUUCGCGCCCUCAUAGACAGCCGCGCGGGUGUUUUGCCGGAUUCGCGAUUUGUCUCACGAUAUUUCUCUUCCUUUGGCAUCAGACAGGACUUUGCUCACUUCGAAGACCAUUGUCGACAUCUCGAGCCCCUGGCCCGGUCGAGAAGCGUGCACGCGAAAUCUUAUCAAAGACCCCCUUCAUUGGUAAGAUCGCGUCACUCAUUGCCCCGACCCCUGGAUUGGCUUCUUAUAUCCCGGUCUCAAGACGGUCAUAAUGACCUCCCCAUCUUUGUCCGCGCUUUUUACAACAACCACAUUUAUGGAGAAGAUUUCAAAAAGCCAUUCGAGGAGGGCGGCAUGGAUGGCCACGUGGACCUGCCCCGUCUUCGAGAAGGGCAGAGCGGAGGAGCGUUUUGGAGUGUCUUCACUCCCUGCCCUUCAAACGGGAGCGAUUUCUCGGAUAAGAACUACGCCGAAAACCCUCCCCUGACAAAUCCACAA